UUACAAAACACUCCGGGCCUGGAGCACACAGAAAAGAGUAGGGGAGGCCAAACGAGGCAACCCCCUACUCAGCCUUGGGUUGCAGGUCCUCAGCUUCCCUUCGCUCGUCCCGCCCCAGAUCUCUGCGCUCCGGGCCCGCCCUGCGCCCGCUGUGCUGUCUUCCGGACAGAUCUGCGGACAAAAUGGCUUGGCUGGUCCGUGUGCCUUUUGCUCGGGCUUCCCAGCUGCCCUGCAGCCUCGGUCCUCGGCGGUUUUUCAGUCAUGGAACAAAAACAUUAUAUCAAAACAUUGAAGCUCCACAGUCUAAAUUCUUUCGUCCUCUUCUAAAAGCUAUGCUACCACCUGAUACUUUUAAAGGAAAAGUUGCAUUUAUUACUGGAGGAGGUACCGGGCUCGGCAAAGCAAUGACAACUUUUCUGUCCACCCUGGGUGCUGAGUGUGUGAUAGCCAGUCGGAACAUCGAUGUUUUGAAAGCUACUGCAGCACAGAUUUCUUCUCAAACUGGAAAUAAGGUUCAUGCAAUUCAGUGUGAUGUGAGGAACCCUGCUAUGGUUCACAACACUGUGAUGGAACUGAUCAAAGUUGCAGGACAUCCUGAUAUUGUGAUAAACAAUGCAGCAGGGAAUUUUAUUUCUCCCACUGAAAGACUCUCUUGUAAUGCUUGGAAGACCAUAUCUGACAUAGUUCUAAAUGGUACAGCUUAUGUGACACUGGAAAUUGGAAAGCAACUAAUUAAAGCACAGAAAGGAGCAGCAUUUCUUGCCAUUACAACGAUCUGUGCUGAGACAGGAUCUGGUUUUGUUGUACCAAGUUCUUCUUCCAAAGCUGGUGUAGAAGCCAUGAACAAGUCUCUUGCAGCAGAAUGGGGUAAAUAUGGAAUGAGAUUCAAUGUAAUUCAACCCGGGCCUAUAAAAACCAAAGGUGCCUUCAGCCGUGUGGACCCAACUGGAACAUUUGAGAAAGAUGUGAUUGACAGACUUCCCUGUGGUAGGCUGGGGACUCCAGAAGAGCUUGCGAAUCUUGCUGUUUUCCUUUGUAGUGAUUAUGCUUCCUGGAUUAGUGGUGCAGUCAUUAGAUUUGAUGGUGGAGAGGAAGCAUUUAUUUCAGGUGAAUUCAACAGCCUAAAUAAGGUCACCAAGGAAGAAUGGGACAUAAUAGAAGGACUCAUCCGAAAGACAAAAGGCUCCUAGGUUACUCUGGCCCUCAUCCAAGACGUAGUCCAAAUUAGGGCCCGGAAAUGAUACAAACUGACUGUCAUCUUUUGAGUAUUUUCAAUUCUAAUAGUGUUUUAAUUACCAAACAUUUGCUGACUGCUUACUCUGUGCCAGGCUAGUGGUAGCCUUUUGUGUAUUUAAAUAUACACAAAGGAGGAUCACCUCUUAAGUUUUUUUUAAAUGCACGAGAUUGGGUAGAAUCUUUUUUUUUUUUUUUGGUACGAGGGAUAGAACUCAGUACCUUGCGCUUGUGAGGCAGGCAGAGGCACCACUGAGCUAAAUCCCCGGCCCCAGGGUAGACUCUUUGAUAGAGGUAAAAAGUGCUUUGAAGUGUAGAGCAAGGAACAGGUUAUUUGUAAUUUGGAAAAUCAAGAAACACCUAAGGGGGAAGUAGCAUUUCAGUCAUGUAUUUUAAGUUGUGAAAAGAAUGAAAUUAAAAGGUCUACCAUAGAUUUAAUGGACUCUUCCUUUCCAGUAUAUUUCUUUUCAUUUAUACUUAUGAAUUAUCCUCUCUAGAUAGCAUUAUAGUAACUCAAACCUUACAUUCUUAUGAGAACCUAUUUUGUACCCAGUGCCUAAUAACCUAUAGCUCUUUUCUGCUGAAACGUCAAUAUCUAAUCAGGUAGAUAGGCCUGUAAAUAAUUACAUGUGAUACAUUGUGAUAAACAUUAUUCUAGCAGUAUUAAGUAUGGAGGAUGAAGUAGUAGUUCAUUUUGUCUCUGAGUUUAGAGAAAAUUGCACCUAUGACAUAGCAUUCCAUCUCAGCUUUAAAAGAAUAGAUUUCCCUGGAUGGAGAAGAUGAACAAAGCUCAUGGAAUAUUUUUUGUGUGACUUAAUUAAAUUUCGUAUUUGUAUUGGCUAAUUUGUAAUCCUGUGAAUCAGACAAUAAAAAACUAAAGUCUUAAGCCUAAAAACUUA